UAUGGCGUCCGUUUAACCUAACCCUUGUCGUUCAUAACAGAAAACUCUUUUUAUCUGCAUUGGUGAUAUAUAAUAAUUAAGGAUGGCAGCGGUUCUUCGAAGCGCCGCUGUUGCUUCAGCGAAUCGAGGUCAACCAAGCUCAUUCUAUAGCAAAGAUAAGACGAAUCCGGUGUUUCAGUCUCUGGAGCAGGAGACAAAAAAGUUCAUGGGCUACAUGAAGAAACGGAACGUGUCUGGUUACCAGAAACCAGACGAUGAACCCUGUUCUAGACCGGCUGACACUUUGUUUGACCUUUGGAAUAAGUAUGAACCAAAACUGCCGAAGAUGUACUAUCAAGAGAAACUUUUGGAAAUGGGAGAUUUUUUGAUGACAGUUCAGGAAUACAGCCUGGCUCUGUGGCAGUGCUAUGAACGCUACCUACUACACUUUGGACAUGUUGAUGAAGGGGAGAUAACUGACGUUGACACCUUUAAGGCUACAUUUUUCCCAGAAGGAUUUGACAGUGAUGAUGCAGGACUCACAUUCCGAGCAUUAAUGGGGAAGAGCAUCAGCAUGUACCAGGUGGUACGUGUUGGCGAUCCCAAACUACAGAACAAACAGUCUGUAGACAGGUGUGUCCAGAUCUUGGCCUUUCUUAGGCUGGUCAUGCAGGUGGUCCUACCUCAGGAGAAACUCUGCUGGCUCGUCUAUAAUGGAACAAUCCAUAUUUACAGUAUCUCAAGACAUCUAAUGUCACUCGGCAACUCCGCAAGAGUGAUCGAGUAUCUACUGUGGGCCAGUGUUUGUAUGGAGACGUCAGUACCCCUCCUCGCUGUGAAGUACCUGCCGUGGAGAGCCACCCUGUACACUGCUGUAUGUCAGUGUUAUUUUGACUGCAAAGUCUCACAUCAUGCUGAGGCAUUUGCCAGACGAGGCUUAGCCAAAAUAAAUGAAUUGAGUCGACUAGAAAGUCUGAGUAGUUCCACAGAGACUUAUGAGUCUGAGGAGGCAUUCCGUCAGGCUACUGUCAAGAUGGCUGUUAUGGUGUUCCGAAGGUCAGCUUUUGAAACAAGGAGAAAACCAAAAGGUCUGUUGCGUCCAAAAACUCGUGCCAACCUCAAGGAUGCCCAAAAUUUACCAUGGCCACGUACCCCGAGUGAGAAACUGUUGUCGGACAUGUUUGAAGGUAGUGCAGCCCAGUUCUUGUGUAUCCUGGAGAGUUUGAAUGAUACCAACCGCCGUACUAUACUAACGUCACCUCCGGCUGCAGACAGUGAAGUAGAGAUCCUUGAUGUGUAUGCUGAAUUGUUCCUUGCUGGUCAGGAAAUUCUUUCUGGUGGUGGCGGUCGAAGAGGAUCCGGAGUAAAGCCCACCAGUAACAUCCCUGUACCUACAUUGUGUGGGGUCGUUAGGGGCAAGAGUCUGCUUGGAAUGGCGACACAUGGUGAGGAUGGAGCAACCAUUGAGGGUGCCAUAAAGUUGGUGAAGAUGGCAUACUGCUUUGAGCAGUGGGAUGUGUUUGACAUAUUGAUAGAGGGUGUCCUCAUGUACAUCAGGAUCAUCAAGAACCACACCAGUGAAUAUGCAUGGGAUGAAAAGGCCCUAGAAUUAUUACUGGCCAUGGAGAAAGUGAACCCUAACCGUCGCCACAAGCGGACAAUGACCUCUAUUGGUGAAGAGGAUAAGGAAAAGGAUAGCAUCAACCAGGAUAUAGGGGCGGCAUCACAGGCUGGGGGACCCACAUCAGUGAGGUCCCUAAACCUGGGAGAUGAACUCAUCCAUGUAGCUGAGGUGCUUAUGUCUAUUGUUACUGGUCCAUUCAAGCCCUCAGAAAUAGAAGUGGACAUGGUGGUGGACACAGCCCUUUUCUUGUGGAACAAAACAAAGGCUGUUUUCCAGAAACAUCAGACUGGAUCACUGGACAAUCCCAAAUAUCUGCAGAGAAUGGACAGCCCUAACAAGUGGGUCUAUAUUCUGGAUGUGGUACACCAAGUUCUGGGCUGGUGUGGACUAAGCAGUGUCGACCCAGCACUCACAGCAGAAGUGGUGCUGCGACUCGCCCUGGUGCUGGAGAGCAGUGCCAACUUGGAUGAUGGUAAAGAGGAAGCCUUAAGGUCAAAGGUUGUGAAGGUAAUGGAGGACGCAAAGGCUGGAGGGGUGAAAAUCUCUCUGCCAAUGAAGGAUAUCAUCUCCACCCUAAAGGAGUCAAAGACAUCCCUUUCGGACAUAGGUAACCUUGGAGAUGGCAGUCAGCAGUUUGUCAGUCGUACUUCCAUGCUGUCAUCAUCAAUGUUGAAUAUCAAUCCUCGUAUGCAGCUGAUGCAGGCCCGGGAGAUCCUCGAGAUGGGUCUAGAGAAUGUGUCUUAUGCCAGGCAGGCUGUAGCCCUUAAUGAUGGGAAAUCUAUCGCUGAUGUCAGCUGGGCCAAGCUUGAUGAGGAGUUUCAGCCCUCUCCUAAAGAGGGGGAGGAGUCGGAGAUCCAUCAGAGCUACAGUGACUUACACAGCAGUUGUUUGACCCUGAAUGAUGAAGUGUUUGUUGCUGGAGAUUCGGAAAAGGAGACCACCAAGUUAACAGAAAGAGAGACAACCAGGGCAACGUUAGACACAACAGUAACUGAGGAUCGCCCUAACAAGGCCCCACCCCAGGAGACUGUGAAGGGCUCCUCCACUGCUGUGUGGAACACGAUAAAGGACCUUCAUCUGGAGCUCAUUCUCAUGUACCACAGGGUCUGUCUAAAACUGGCUGCCAUGGGACCUGAUCCCUCUGCCAGCAUUCAGCGUCCCUUUAAACGCAAGACUGACCCCAAAUUGGUUAGUGAACCAAACAUGGGACUGUUGGAUGUGGAUGGAUACAAGGAGUUGCUGAGUCACUGUAACAAAAACCAGCUUUCCAAAGCUCUACUUUUCAUGCAGAGGGCACUGCUACUGAGUGGGGACAAUGUGACCACUAUCACUCAGAAAUCGCUCAUGGAGGAUGCAUUGAAGGCUAUACAGAAGGCCCAGACUGAAGAGAGACGUAUCUUCACAGAAAACACUCAGGUAUCUGAGGAGGAUACUGUGCCUACUAAGAUCCCACCUCCACCAAUUCUUCUGUGUCGUACCGAUACCAUGAUGGUCUUCAAACCCGCCCCCUUUAUACCAGUGGGUGGACAAAAGAUUUCAUGGUACAGGAUAUUUGCAAGAUCUGCGGAGGGAAGUAAUGUGAGAGUGAGGCUGAAUGAUUACUUCCUGCCCGGUACCGGAGAACAGGUGCCCGGUGACCGUAGUGAACUGAGAGUUUCCGGGCUCACCCCUAAUUGUCGCUACUUAUUUGCUGUUGCUGCUUACAACAGAGAAGGAAAAUUGAUUGGGGAAUCCAUUGGACAGAGUACCAAGCCAAUCCUGGCCUCCCAUCCACUCCCUAUACUAAUGACAUGGGGCUUCCUUAGCCAGAUAGCAUACCAGGUUGGAUGUUAUGACAUUGCCAGACAGGCCUGCGAUAUCCUAUGGAAACACUUUAUAGCAGAACCUCCUGCCCCACAGAGCAUCACCUACCUGACACAGUCAGAACAGGACUUCCGGCUGACUCUAAUGAGGUUGAACCAGAAGGUUGUCUGUCUGUCAUCCCCAGUCUUGCUGCGUCAGUUCCUCACCAGCAUAUUUAUUGGUGUGGAUAUGAGUAUCAGGGAAGGACAACUCUUCUGUGAUGUUCUUUGUGACAAGGGACCACUUUUCAAGGGACAGAUGAAACGCCUAGCGGAGUGUGAGAGGAUGCUUGUGGCUAUAGAGUUAGCAGGCUGGCUGAAUGAGGCUAACCUGGCUCUCCAGGCUGUAGUCCAGGUGUAUGGCCUACUUGCUCCCCUCAUCUUCUACAAGAUACCGUCCACUGCUGUUAUACAGGUUCUCCAGCGUUGCCAUGUUGUGCUUCAGGAGAUUCCUGCUGGCUUGAGACAGAAACGUCAACAGAGCAUCGCCGACAGUUUGCAUCACAUGACUGCUAGUAUCACCUACCAUAUGGCCAAGGUUCUGAGAUCCUGGGGGCAGAAACAACUGGCUAACUCACUGAAUGAGUCUGGCCGUAAGCUAUUGGCUUUGGAGACAUUUGAUGAGCCGGCUAAGAAAGACGCGAAGUCCCAUGGUGAUGGGACAACAACAGCUGCUAGUGAGCGUGUGGACACUUCAAUUGACAACACUGACUCAGACUCGGCUCCACUGCAGAUGCUGAAGAAACGGCGAACCAAGAAGCUGGGAGUUGGGGGUCAGGGGACCAAGGAGGAUGGAGAUGGACCUAUCAAUGAGGAGCUGAAGGCCCUGGAGGCUCACAUGCUGAGUCUGUCCAAACAGGCACAAUAUGAUCAUGAACUGACAGGUUAUGAGGAUCCAAGCAUCCUCCAUGCCUACAUUGCUUACCUUCCAAGUAAACUAGCCUACAGGGAAGUGGCCAAGUUUAAGCGACGUCACCGUUACCUGGAGUUCUUUGUCCAGGUUUCCCAGAAGGCCCUGGCAGAAGGGAUGUCACAGCAGGCCGCAGACUGGUGUGACGAGACUGCUAACUGGCUUACCAGACGCAAUGAGCAGAUUAUUGGUAUGAAGCCAUUCCUUGGUAAACAACCUGGGGCAGGAGUUGUCACGGUAACUGGAGAUGAUCCGAAGCGUUUCCAUGCAGCAGUGGUAGAAUACAAUAAGGAGAAGGACAUGACUGUCCCUAAGAUCCCUGGACAGAUGUCCAAGGCUACUCCUAGUAAAUCACCCUCAAAGGCCACACCUCGUCCUAAACGUCGGCGACAGUACAAGCCUCUUCAUGUUAAUGCCAACAUGUCUGAAAGUGCAAGACAAGCCCAGGAGGAAGCAGAACUCAAGGCAAUAGAGAAGUUUACUGCUCACCUUCCUGACAUGUUCAGACAGUGGUUGAGGCGACGUCGUCUGCGCAAGCUCUGUAUUGAUGAGUUACCAUGGCGAUGUCAGCUGACAUUGAUCCAGGGACUUAGUCACUUCUCCUCCUUCCUACAGAAGUUAGAAACUCGGGACAAGAUUCUGGGUACCUCCAGCAGCAGCAUGUACAGGACCAAUUUCCUGGACCAGGAGUGGUUUACGUAUGAAACUGCAGGCACCCUGGUGGUCGGUUGGGAGGGAGGCCCAUCAAGGAAGAAUGGAGAUAAUAAACGCCAGCAGUACCAUGGUCAAGGAUCGGACAACCCUGACAUGGAUAACAUGGAUGCUGGGUGUGAGCAGGAGACACGCCCCCGUACCACUGCCACUGGUAUAGAGAUCGCUGCAGCCUUGGCCACAGGCAGUGCCCCUCCACCUCUCUACUUCAUGCCCCCAGAGCCAGAGGACACUCCCCGUACAUACAGGUCAGAUGUCAGUAACAUGCCCAAGGCUCCGGCUAAACCUAUGGACCACAUCAUGCUGUCAUCCAAAGAUACAGAGGAGGCCCUGAAUAGGACAUUUACUUACUUCAGGAGGGCAAUAAAUUUGGCCCAUAGAGGUCAGCACUGGACAUUGUUACAGAAUGCCUGUCGGUCACUAUGGAACUGUGCCCACACAGCCCUUCUGAGAGCUUUCUCACCUAAUUCUAAUGUGGACGAUGGCCUGCUGUCUAUUGACCAGCUGCGUGGCCUGGUGUGGAGGCCAUUUUACAUGGCAGCAGAUUGUGUACUGGACAUGCUUUCUCAGUUCCAGCUCGAUCUGGAGGCACACGCUAACAAGGAGAAGAAGAAGAACCGUAAGCUUGGAGAGCUGUUUGAGUCGUGGACAGGGGAGGUGAAGGACGAGAAAGGAGGAGCCAAUCUCAAGUUUGAGAAUCCUCUUGACAACCUGAGCAUCAGUGACCUACGCUGGGUGCGGAGGCUGGUGAUGAGGGUCAUGGAGCUUUUGUACUAUGAACAGAAGUGGGAGAAACUAGUGGACAUCGCUCUCAGGUUCAGCGCUCUGUCUAAUGACCGGUAUGCUGAGCAGAUCAUGCCACUCCUGGUUCAGGCCCAGAGACAGCUAGAGGAUCAAAUCUAUGAGCUGGGAGGAGAGAUACCACCUCAGUCUCACAUCAAACUCCUUAUGCAGAGAAUGAACGGUGUUAUCACAGCCAAGAAGUACCUACACAGUCAACUGAUUAUCAGUAAUGACAAACUACAAUCCUCCACUAUACAGCCUGGGGCACAGAUUGACCCUCUCGGCCAUGGCGCAUACACAAGUGAGGAUGGUAAAAGGAACGUGUCCGUGCCCUUAGAUGUACCACACAGCCUGUCUGUACUGAGAAGUGUGUUUGAUAAAUCCCAGUACACCUGUCAUGCCCUCCAACACAGUCGACGCCUCUUGGUCCUCUACCUGGCAGGACAGCAGAACUCGAGUGACUUACCCUUGAGUCGCCAGGUAUCCAAAGUGGAGUUUACCCCCAACACAGCGCGUCCUCAGCCCACCAUGCCCCUAGAUAUCAGCCACGAGGAAUACCUACAUAUUGACGACGUCCAGACCUCAUGCAUGCCUCGAUCACAACUGGGUACUGUCAUCUCAUCAUACGAGAAGACCAUAGAAAUGUUGAUAGCUAAGAACCAGCGAGGUCUAGCAGCCCAGGCGAUGCAUGAGUUGGGAAAUCUCCAGUACCACUCAUCAAACAUCAGGUUGGCGUACCAGUGGUGGGCAGAGUCCCUGGACUACACACUCAACACGUCCAAUGCUCUCCAUACCUGGCGUGAACUCUUCAAUAAGAGUACUGAUAUCAGCUCUGAUAUGUUACAGCACUGUGGUCUAUGGGGCUGUGUACUAGGGGGCGUCCUGGCCUCCAAGAUUGCUCAGUAUAUCCUGACACAGGACCUUGGUCUGCGUAUGGAGUGCUGUUUCCUGUCUGGGUACUUCUUCAAGGCCCUGUUCCGGUCCUCACUACCCCACCCCACUGCAGACCGUGAUUAUGCUAUGUACGAAGUAGGAGAAGGUUGUGAGGUCACAAACCUUGUCCCAGGGAUCGAUCUCCUCUCAGACAAGUUCCGCAUGGAUGGACGCACCCUGGUCUCUUGUCUUCGCUGGACAUCAGAGGAACUGGCAAGAGGCAGACACAACCUCUUUGUUCUACCACUGCUGACUCUGUACCUACACUUCACCACCUUUGUGUGCCGUGACCUCCAGCGUUCUGUGGAUGGCCGUAUCCUGAAGGUGCGAAUCCUCACAGACAUGUCACUCUUUACCGAGGCGAUGAUCACCCUCCAGCGACUCCUACAUGGGGAGCGACUCCCACAUACUGGUGAUAGUAACUUCCGUCAGGUGGAGUCCAAGAUGAAGUCUGUGAUGUUUAACACAGCCAAGCCUAUCACAGAGCCAGCUAACAUGAAGUUGCUGGAGAACCUUCUGGACAAGCGCCUCCCCUCCAGUCUGGCCACACUGUACGGUCCACACAUGACGUGUCACCUAGCACUGGUCCAGGCCCACUUCUUUGUGUCCCUGGGGGAGAGUAUCCCUGUCAUACCUGUCAUAGAGGAUGUGUUCAGCCAUGUUUCCAUCCAUAUGCGCAAACUUGUGUCUCGCUACGUGAGACAGAUGAGGGUACCUGAGGGACAGGGAUCAAUCAAGCCUCAUACAAUGAGCACAAUGACAAAGGCCAAGAACCUAAAGGGAACCAACAGUAUGACAUCCAAACCAUACAAAACCAAGUCUGCAUCUGACAGUCGCAGGGAUGCUGAUGAUGACCUUGAGAGUGUGGAGAGCGCUAACAUCCAGCGACGCUUUACUAGCAGUAAGAAGCCACUGACAUUGGAGCUCAUCAAGGGCACGUUACUGGCUGUUGCUGACCAGAUGGUGACCACUAUAGCAGAAGUCAUCCAAGAAAAUGCUGAACAUGCUGAGAAUGGACUGGAGAACUUGCCUGCUGCGGAGCUGGAGUUGGUGGUGUGCUGUAAGUUACAACAGGCCAAUAUUGCACGACAGAAACAACAUGCUCCACUAGCUGCUCGUAUCGUCCUUUCUGCAGUCAAACUUCUCAAGUCGUCGGACCUGUUCAAACCCAAGAAAGAAGUAGUGCCGCCACCAAGAGAAAACACAACUCAAGACAGUCCAACACGAGAUCGCCACAAGCCCUCUUCCCUGAAGGGUCAGAACAGCUCUCGUAGGAUCCACUACGCCGAGGAUGUGAAGAUUGUGUCUCCAGAAACAAAUCAGUUCCAAUUCCAAAACUUUCAGAGUCGGUCACGCUUGGAUGCACGUCUUUGGCUUGACUGUCGGCAGGCACUUGUCAAGUGUCUCAUGAUGCAAGUCGGUGGACUCGGACAAAUGAAAGUUGAUCCAGAUAUCAAAGUGCUACAGGAGCUUGCUGACUGCCGUCAGUACUGUAUUGAGGGUUUGAGUGAGGCUGAGGCUUGUGGGGAUGCCGAGACUCAGGCAGAUUUCCUCAUGUCAGGAGCCUUCCUCAACAUCAUCGAGGGCAAGAGUCUGGAGCACACUGCCUCUCUGGUCAAGGAUGUGAUAGAUUUGCUCCACAAGAUCCCGAAGCGGUCAGUCCCAGCUGAGCAGCUGUAUGCUAUGGCUAUCGUCCUGAAGACGGAUAUUGAUGCUGUGGAGAGGGAGGAUGACAGUGCAGUAUUUACAGAAAAAACAUUGGAACAAUACCUUACAGCUCAGAACAUCAUACUGCAACAGAUGGAGGACCUUGGGGAGAAGAUUGAACACUACUAUCCUAGAGGAGAGAAGUCUCACUUCUCUGCUCCAGUAAGUCCUAUGAGGAACAUCUACCUGCCACAUGUACUGCGUCUAGCCCAGAUCAAGCUGAGAGUGGGUCAUGCUAUGGCACGUAAUGCAGCCAAGUACAUCCGUGGAGGGACUGACAAUGACCCUGUAGUGACCUGGACCCAUGCCCUGGGAGUACUGACCACUGCUCGGGAGUUGUCCCAGGUAGCAGUGAUGAGGGAAGCUAACCUAGAAGCUGAAAUCCUACUCCAACUAGGUAAAGUCCAGAGGAUGCUUGUUUACAUGGGUAAAUUCAACCACAGAAAGGCAGCUGAGACAUUGAUUGACUCCAUUAAGAUCAGCUUCUCAACUGACCAUGAUCUGGGACUGAUGAGACAAGGCUACCUAGAGCUGGCCCAGGUCUACCUACACAGUGUUGGUAUGGUCCUCAUCAAGGAGAACAGUACACUGGAGUUUGUGACAGAUCCUGGGGAAGAUACAGCGGCCAAACAGGCUGCUGCCAAGAGAAAACUGCGAUCAAAGACUAAGACUAAAGGCAAACAGCAGUCUAAGAAAGAACGAUCAGGAACCCAGAGUUCACUCAAGUCGCAAGGCAGUAAAUCUGAUGAGAUGGCCGAUGUGGACAAGGAGAGACGAGCUGCCUGGACAGCCAUUAGGUGUGCUGCAGCCCUGGGUCAGGCCCAGCGCUCUCGUGUCCUCCUCAUUGGGGAUACAUCUGUUACCUCCCAGCCUCUCACUGGCAAUGCUGAGACAGAUAUCCCAGAGUUCAUAGCACUUGAUCUUGUUAGUGACUAUGUCCUUGGGGAGAGGAAGAAGGUGUAUAAAACCCAAAUCGAAGAAGAGUUAGCUCCCCUGAUAGAGGCCAAUGAAGUGAAACAUGUGGACACUUACGAUGAGCAGGUGAUGAAGGCGCGGGACGGAGCCAAGGAGCUCAGCUGGAUACACUUCCUAGGUUAUCAGAGUAUCCUCCAGAGAUUGUGUAAUACAUCAACGAUCUCAGCCUCCAGUCGCAAAUCUAGCCAAAAAGACACAGAUUCAGAGGAGGAGGAACUUGCAGAGUUUGACCUUGGGUUCAUCAGUCAUGCCCACUCAGACACAACUGUGAACCAUGACAUGAUCCGGUCAAUGUUGUUCUCAGGAACGUGGUCCCGGCGACUUACGAAGAUCCAUGUUUACCUAGCAAACAACCUCAAGGCAUACAGCUCAGAAUGUUGUGGCAUCUAUCCUCCAGAACAGCUAGUACUGGCCCCUACUGAUACGGAGUAUGACCUUAGUGUGACCUUCAAGUCCUAUGCUUCCAAUCUCACUGUUGACACUGAUGACUCUAUCACCAUGGCCACUGUGGCUGAGCCUGGAAAAGCACCGCUACCUCCUGGAACUGUUAUUGACCCCUACAUGCCCUCAGACAAGCCAGUUACCUCCCCUGUAGACAUGGAGGUGGCACUGCAGUUCUACCAGCCAUCCCUGGAAGAGAAUGACCCUCAGAGACCAGAAGCCACAGGGGCUGAAUCUCGCAUACUUCUAAUGCAUGCUAUCUAUAAGAAAAUGGGAUCUGUUUGUCAGCCUGGUGUACAGUGGGUGUCUCUAUCACAGCUCAAUGACCUUCAUGACAGGUUGGCUGUGCUGGCACAAAGAGCUGAGAUCUCCCUGGUAGAAAAGAAGAAGAAGGACCCAGUAGCACCCUCGCCGACUCCUACUUCCAAACCCAAGAAGGGACAAAGAAUCAAAGCACUUUCCCCGAAGGUUGAACGGGAUGAACGACUCGAGGAUUUUCCUCCCAUCGAGAACCUGCUGAAACAGUGUUUGGAUGACAUUAAGACCCUGCUGGGUUUGCCCCAUGCCAGCUCCACUGGGGAGUUGUCAGAGAAAGCAGACAAGGAGAAAUCAGAGAAGGCAGAGAAAGAGAAAACAGACAAAUCUGAGAAUGGAUCAGUUGUUUCCACAGAGCUGCCAUUUGAAGUGACAAAGAAGAACAUCGCUGCACUAGAGAGUCUAUUUGACCCCAGCUUUGGCUACACGGCCCAGGGCACCGACAUUGUCCAAUGGCUUCUCAAGAUCAUCAAGUCCUAACAGACUGACCUUGUGUGUUGAAGUCUUAUACAUGCCCACAGGACAUUGUUACAGUGAAUACUCAAGGACAUUCACUACAUUUCACAGCGAUCAGAUGCUGUAAUCUGUAAAAUGUAACUGGCUAUGAAUGUGGUAUCAAACUGUAUUGAAAACUGUGAUAGGAAGUAUUUAAAUUUUGAAGACAUUAAAUUGUUAUUGAUAUCCGUCCAAUGUUCUACCUACUUAUAUGAUUUUGCACCUUUCCACUGCAUGCAUUAUAUGAUCUGUAUAAACUAUGUAUAAUUAUAUUUUACAGUUAGAAGUGAAUAAUUAUGAUGCUGAAAUCUGUGAUAGGAUUUUUUUCUGUUUUAACUGUGAUGAUUAUUUUUUUAUUCAUUUAUUUUCAUAUAUUUGCAUCUGUCUAAUGAUUUGCAAUUUUUUUUUUUUUUUUUUUUGUAUGUGUGUUUACAUGUACAUUUGUUACUAUGGUAAUAUAUUGAUGUAUGAACUUAGAUAAUUGAUUGUAUACCAUCCCUUGGGAACUGUAGGUACUGUGGAACUUUCACUAAUCCUGUGAAGGAUUACUCUAUACCGUAUGUGAUAUAAGCUACAUAAUCUGGUGUGAAUUAACUAUUUUUUGUUCAGCUGGAUGGACAUCUUGAUUGUGGCAUUAAUGAACUGUCAAUGCUCAGUUGGAAUGUAAUGCUGGCUUUAUAUAUUGAUAGGAUUUUAAAAAUCAAUCCAUUGAAACAUUGCAUUAUGGUGUUAACAGGUUUCUGUACAACUGUUGAUGUAUGUAAGAAUUAAAUUUAUUAUAGUUAGAUAAAAGUUUUAUAGUACUGAAAAUAUCAACAUUGAAAAACAUUUUUUGUUUAUCAGUAAUAAUUUAUUUUCAAUAAACAAUAUAUUGGAACUUGUUCCAUAGACUUGA